GCACGAUGAGCUCGUCCGCGAAGGCAUGCGCCUGCUUGGCGACGAGGUCAUUGGCAGAGGGCAGAGAUCGCUAGAAGUGGUGCAGGCACUGCUUUUCCCCAGCUUCUGGACAAAGAGUACGCACACGGGGCGGCAAGGGAGCUGCUAUCAGAUUCUGCAACUAGCCUCCGACAUGGCCAUCGACCUGGGCAUCGCAGGGGGCUCUCUGCAGCCCACGCCCCCGGCCUUCUUUUGCCGACACCAGGACACGGCAUCACUCGAGGCGCGGCGGACCUGGCUAGCCUGCUAUGUGGCCACGACGGCCGCGUCUCUGACGACGCGCAGGCCCAGCCCCGUGCCGUGGGACUCGUAUCUGGACGAAUGCGUUGCCUACCUCGAGAGCAACGGGGACGCGGCCGACGUGCUCUUUGGCCAAAUUGUGCGCAUCACCCGGCUGGACCAUGAAAUCGCCAACCAGCUGUGUCUCUGCCAGAUUGCCACGUUUGUCGAUGGCAACGACUACAACGUCUACGCUGUCAUUGAGAACCUCAAGCUCAAGCUCGACGCAUGGGCAGCCCAGGUCCCGGCCAGCCUGGCGUCGUGCCAGACGCUCAGGGUAUGGUGGCACGUGGCCAUGGUGCACCUGUACGAACUUGUACUGCACACGCCCACCAAUAAGGCGUCGUUUGCCGCGCCAUAUAUCCCCGGGCGCAUCCCAGUCAAGGACUACCCAAAGCCCGCUGUCAUCAUCUCGCCGCUCAAGGAAACCCUCCACAGUCUGGUGCAAAACUGCCAUGGGGUCAUUGGAACGGUUGCCGACAUGGAUCCUGCCAUUGUCGUUGGCCUGCCCUCGUUUUGCUUUUCCCCAACCGUCCUGCAUGCUCUUUUCGUCCUGGUCACCACUCUGGUGGCUGCCAACGACCCGGAAAACACGUACGGCCAGUGUUUACCCAAGGACUGCUUCCGCAUCGACGAGUGCGGCGAGAAGCUGCGCAACCUGGUGGCAUACAUGAAGGUGCUGGAUCCGACGCUGAGCUGCUACACAACGCGCCUGUUUGAUGCGACGGGGUGGCUGGAGGAGUGGUACAACGACUACAAGGCGAUUUUGCAAAGAUACGAGGCGAGCCUAGCGAUUCCAUAGUCGCCCAUAACGCGACUUUAUAUCAUGGCGUUGUCCAUCACGGUGGUUUUUCGCCGACGCUGAUCUGAUUGGUGGGCCGGAUGUGGGUCUGCAUAGCGUGCCGUUGGGAACUAGGCCGGCGCGGCGAAAAUCAGCCGUCUGCCUCACUGCCAAGUUCCCGUACGUCACCCACACUGAAACGCUUACAUUCUGGGAUUCGAUGUGCCUGGAGACUCGAAGACGAGGUCACAAACCUCAGGGGAUGCAGGUGUAAGAUGGGCUGUAAGAUGGGUUGGAACAUAAUGUCAAAGAGAGGUACAGAUGCUGGAUGAGGUUACGCUCUGGGAAUGAGCAGAAAAGUCCAAGUACACAGUAACAGCAACAGCGCGGCAUAUAUUGCUAUAUCCAC